CCUCCCGUGAAGCCUCGCGCGGGGAUGGACCGGAACUCCGGGCGGGCGGCUUGUUGAUAAUAUGGCGGCAGGAGCUGCCCGGGCAUCUCGAGGAAGCGGUGGGGCCCAUACCCGGAAGAAGGGUCUCAUUUCUGACUAGUGCAGCGGCCCCUGCGGGCCCGGAAGUCCCGGCCGCUUUACUGAAUGAGGGGAGCCGGGCCCUCCCCGCGACAGUCCCCCCGCACCCUCCGCCCCGACCCGGGCCCCGCCAUGUCCUUCUUCCGGCGGAAAGUGAAAGGCAAAGAACAAGAGAAGACCUCAGAUGUCAAGUCCGUUAAAGCUUCAGUAUCCGUACAUUCCCCACAAAAAAGCACUAAGAAUCAUGCCUUGCUGGAGGCUGCAGGACCAAGUCAUGUUGCCAUCAGUGCCAUUUCUGCCAACAUGGAUUCCUUCUCCAGUAGCAGGACGGCAACCCUCAAGAAGCAGCCGAGCCACAUGGAGGCCGCUCACUUCGGAGACCUGGGCAGAUCUUGUCUGGACUACCAGACGCAAGAGACCAAAUCAAGUCUUUCAAAGACCCUUGAACAGGUCUUACGUGAUACUGUUGUCCUUCCAUAUUUUAUUCAAUUCAUGGAACUUCGGAGAAUGGAACAUUUGGUUAAAUUUUGGUUGGAGGCCGAAAGUUUUCACUCUACAACCUGGUCCCGAAUAAGAGCACACAGCCUAAACACAGUGAAGCAGAGCUCAUUGGCUGAGCCUGUCUCUCCAUCUAAAAAGCAAGAAAACACAGCAUCUUUUUCGACUGAGUCUCUUGACAAGAGAUUGGAGGAUUCUAACUUAGCCCAACAGCUUAUGACUCACUCAGAAGAAAUUGACCUGAAUGAUAGAACUAAUAUCACCCAGAAUCACGUGCUGCUUUCCGAGGAACGAGACAGUGUCCAUUCUCUUCAUCUUGAAAUGACCAGAGCAGGGGCUCAUCAAGCCUCCAUAGAAGCCCAGGAACCCUCCUCCAGGCUUGUAGUUGUCGGUAGAAACAACCCCUCUUCUCCAUUGAAAGAAUUGUCAGGAAAAUUAAUGAAGAGUAUAGAGCAAGAUGCCGUGAAUACUUUUACCAAAUAUAUAUCUCCAGAUGCUGCUAAACCAAUACCGAUUACGGAAGCAAUGAGAAAUGACAUCAUAGCAAAGAUUUGUGGAGAAGAUGGACAGGUUGACCCCAACUGUUUCAUUUUGGCGCAGUCCAUAGUCUUCAGUGCAAUGGAGCAAGAGCACUUUAGUGAGUUUCUGCGAAGUCACCAUUUCUGUAAAUACCAGAUUGAAGUGCUGACCAGUGGGACUGUUUACCUGGCUGACAUCCUGUUCUGUGAGUCAGCCCUCUUUUAUUUCUCUGAGUACAUGGAAAAAGAAGAUGCAGUGAAUAUCUUACAGUUCUGGUUGGCAGCAGAUAACUUCCAGUCUCAGCUUGCUGCCAAAAAGGGCCAAUAUGAUGGACAGGAAGCACAGAAUGAUGCCAUGAUUUUAUAUGACAAGUACUUCUCGCUGCAAGCUACACAUCCUCUUGGCUUUGAUGAUGUUGUCCGGUUAGAAAUUGAAUCCAAUAUCUGCAGGGAAGGUGGGCCACUCCCCAACUGUUUCACAACUCCAUUACGUCAGGCCUGGACCACUAUGGAGAAGGUCUUCUUGCCUGGCUUUUUGUCUAGCAAUCUUUAUUACAAGUAUUUGAAUGAUCUCAUUCACUCUGUUCGAGGGGAUGAAUUUCUGGGAGGGAACGUUUCACUGAUUGGUCCCAGCCCCUCAGGCCCUCCUGAGGAGUCGCACCCCGGCGGUCCCGACAGCUCUGCUUCGCAGUCCAGUGUAAAAAAGGCCAGUAUUAAAAUUCUGAAAAAUUUUGAUGAAGCAAUAAUUGUGGAUGCAGCAAGUCUGGAUCCAGAAUCUCUGUAUCAGCGGACAUAUGCAGGGAAGAUGACAUUUGGAAGAGUUAGUGACUUGGGGCAGUUCAUUCGAGAAUCUGAGCCUGAACCGGAUGUGAAGAAGUCAAAAGGAUCCAUGUUCUCACAAGCUAUGAAGAAGUGGGUGCAAGGAAAUACUGAUGAGGCCCAAGAAGAGCUAGCUUGGAAGAUUGCUAAAAUGAUAGUCAGUGACGUAAUGCAACAGGCACAGUAUGAUCCACCACCACUGGAGAAAUCUACAAAGGUAAGGGUGACUUGUGUAAAACUGAGAAGCAUUCUGUUCCAAGGCCGUAGAGAUUAA